UACAAAUUUUAUAUAAAGUUAACUAUUUUCAACGCGGUAAGUUUCUUAUUUCACUUAGAUAAAUAUGUAGCGCAUAACCAUUUGGAUGCAACGACUUCAGUAAUUUAAUUUUACCUAUUAUAUUGCAGUUAGUGUUUAGCAUGAAAUAUUUACCAUCCGGAGUAUAUCUGUACAAGUUUGUGAGCAAUGUGUACCGUACUUCGAGAGACCGUCUGAAGACAAAACAAGUAGAACUCGAAGAUUUAAUUUUAGAGAUCGCGAUGGUGAAGACGAAGCAGGUGGUCCGCGAGACGGAGUGCACGGAGCUGCUGGCGCUGCAGCAGCGCGAGGCGACGCGCCUGCGCGACAUGCGCGCGCGCGUUCACUCGCUCGUCGCCGGCGACGACGCGCUGCGCAAGCUACUGGACACCUUCGCCAUUGAGAGGCCUAGCUCCUUGGGACAUUUCAACAGCGAUCAAGAUUUUAACUUGAUGGAACUCCUGGCAUUCGAUAAGAAUGGAUUAGCAGACAGAACCAACGAGAGCGGUGAUGACCCUAGAGAGGAGCCCACCUCCGCGAAGAGCGAAUACUCGUCGGUGAGCCAAGCGGAAGUUGAGAAGGAUUGUCGGAUCAAAAUCAUUGAAGUGACCAACGUCUACAAAGUUGCGUAUCUCAAGCACUACAUUAAGCAGAAACGAAUCCGUCGAAGUAGCAGACACGCUCUGUUAAAGAAAAAGAUGGCAAACAUCAAGAAGUUGUUGGAGAGCUGGCAAAAGGCACUCAACUUGGUAAUGAAGGACCACCAAUACAUACUGCGGCAAGACCGCGACGAAACGUCGGAGGACAUCAGCGGCUCGCGGCCGCUCGACUCCGACUCCGACACCGCCAUCGACGAGGACAGCCGGGACUGGGACCAUCCUGGACCUUACAAGAACCACUUUCGGGAGCCUGAAAUAACCGAAUGUACAGAUUACCCGUGCCACGUGUACAACGAUAAAUAUUACGGAAACUGCUACGAGGUAAAUAUUGUUUUGUGGCAAACUGCCCUGACGAGGCUUCUAGGUAGACAACACGUUUAACUUAUAGUCGAUAGUAACCUACUUGUACAGUCGACGUCAAAAAUAUGUUUACACUUUUGCACCUUACCCCUUUGUAAUAAGGCGAGAAAUGUAAACAUAUCUUUGACGUCUUGUCUGCUUUGUCUACUGCUUGAAAACAAUACUUUCACGGUCUUAAAAAUCGAUAGGUGUAAGAUUUUAUCAGAAUUUACAAUUUAAAACCAAUCUUAAAGCUUAAUGAACGCCCCUCUAACGUGCCUUCAAUCCAAAACGCUCACUACCAAAAUGUGUCUAUUGGUAGAAAGAUGCAGAAUAACCUGAAUAACGCUUCACCCAAUACGUACUUUGAAAUGUUCUAGAUUUUCACAUCUGUAAUAAUCAAACUAACCAUAGUAUAAUAUCUAGGAGGCGGA